AUGGUUCCAAUCCCAGUAUAUAGCUCUAGCCCCAUUAACGCUGCCAAAGCAACGGGUGUGACUCCCAAGACGGCCAGCCCUGGAGAUGCGAACAAAGGUGGCCACGCGCAGCUGGAACCCUCCCGAGCUAGCGGCGAACAAGCGCACUCGCCAGCUCAACCUGGAGCUGGGCCGAUGCUGCCCAAGGCGACCGGUGCAUCACAACCUGGAGGUGUCCAUGUCCCGGCUACGCCCACACGAACCCCCUCAGUAGGUAGCAACCCUCCUCCACCGCAACCUGGUGCUGUUCCUGUCCCCCCAGGUGGUGGUAGUGGAACGCGAAGCGGCAUUCCUCCUCCGCCAAGGGCUGGUGAAUCAGUUCAGAAUCACCAGUCGCCACCAGUGACGACUAUGCCUCCACCGAUGGCAUAUCAACCGCCUCGAGCACAUCUCCCUGCCCAAGCACCAUCAUCGACUACUUCGACAGUAGGACCACCUCUCUCCGGACCAGCCGGUAUCUCGGCACGUCUACAGGGAGACUAUCCGGCGACAGGCUUGUCUAUGCCGGCAGGAGGCUACCAUCAAGAUGUCAAUGCAGCCGGGUACAACAGCUAUCAAAGUGCAGAACGAGCGUACGAAGACGACCAUGAGGCGAGCGUCUGGGACACGGCAAAGAAGUGGGCGGCCUCUGCAGGAGAGUCUCUGGCGGCAGCAGAGAACGAGAUGUGGAAGAGAAUCAACAAGGAAUGA